GCCUCUGGCUAUAACAUCGUCUUUUAGAAAAAGAAGAAUUAUAAAGAAAUUUAACCUACAAAUGGUUUUAAUCAACACGUUUUUGUUUUUUAUUGUUAAAGGUAUUUUACUUUUGUAAAAUCAGUGGAUAAUGUUAAUUUAGAUACUGCAAAUCUUUUUGAAUUUGAAAAUGGAAGAAAGUUCUAAUAAGAUUAUAAACAAAAGAAAUAAUAGAAAAAGGAAAAAGUCAUUUUUAAAGAAUGCUAGAAAAUACGCCAAAAAAGGACAUUUUGGAAGAGGUUCCCAAUUGGAUUCAGAUACAUAUAACUAUUUUGUGAAAAUUUUGGAAACAUUCAAAGAUGGAUUUGAUUCAGAAGAGGAUAAAAAAGUUUUUGCAAAUAAUGUUUUUGAACAAACUAAAGAUCAAGAAAUUAAUUGUUGUUGCAAUCAAGUUGGUUGCAGAGUUAUAGAACUGUUAUUACCAUAUGCAGAUAAUGAUAUUGUGAAACAGUUUCUAGAUGUAUUUAGCGAAGAUAUAAGACCAUUGAUAAGUGAUAGAUUUGCGAGCCAUGUGUUAGAAUGUCUUGUGUCUGAAAGUUGUAAAAGAACUUUUAUAGAAAAUACACCACAGGAAAUGAGGCUUGUUUACCAAAAUUUUGCCAUAAAAGUUAGUAAGUUUUUGUUGAAUAAUUUAGAGGAUUAUAUGUGGGACACUUAUGGAAAUCACGUUAUUAGAAGCUGCCUUAUUAAUUUAAUACAAUUACCAACUGAUAAUAGUAACACUGAUAAACAAGAUAUUGUAAUUCCAAAUGAAUUUUCAGACAUUGUUAAAGAAUAUGGUGAGAGAAUUAUAAGUUGGCCCCAAUUUGAACAGUUAUGUAUGUCUGACUUGACUUCUGGUUUCUUACAAGUUCUAAUGAAAUGUUUAAAAAAUACGGAUCCAAAAUUGUUAAAAUCUUAUUCGAAAAAAUUACUAGAAGAAAUUUUCAAUAAGAACAGCCAAGAGAAGGACAAACCCAAACAUUUACCUUCAGCUUUUGGAUCUCAAUCAGUUGUAAUGCUAUUAGAAACUUGUCUUCAGCUGGUAAAUUCCAAAUUAUUUAUGCAGCUGUAUAAUUCCUGCUUUUCUGGAAGUUUAGUUAAGUUGUCAACCAUAAAAAUGACAAAUUUUGCCGUUCAGAAACUGAUACAACAUUGUCAGGAAAAAGAACACUUUGAAGGAAUUUAUGAUGAAUUGGUAGAUAAUUUUCCAGCUAUUAUUGAAGUAGGUCAUUCAGGAAUUUUAUUAUCAUUAUCUGAAGCAUGUAAAAAAUUUAGGACCAGGCAAGGAAGUUUUGUACAGCAAUUGAUGAGAGCAUUAGAUUGUUUUGAACCUGAAGAAAGGCAAAAUAGCCUCAUAUUAUGUUUAUGCAGAUUUACUACAUAUGAAAAUAAUCUUAAAAAAGCAAUUGAAAAUUUACAAAAAGAGAAAUUAAAUUUGCAUGGUACUUUAAUUCUACAAAAGUUAUUAGACUAUAAUAAACCCAUUAAAAUAGUGAAUGCAUUAUUAAAUUUAGAUCAAAAUGCGUUGUUAAAUCUAUUUUCCAAUACUAUGGGUAGUCAUGUUGUUGAUUCUUAUGUAAGAGGAGAUUUCGUUGGAGAAAAGAGCAGAGAAAAAUUAGUGAGAAAAAUGAUGGGUGUAUACAAAGAUCUUGCUUCUAGUAAAUUUGGCUCUAGGAGUUUUGAAGCAUUAUGGAAUGUUGCAAAUUUAAAAUGCAAGUUACAAAUUAUUGAAGAAUUAUCACACAAAGAUGCAAGUUGGGUAAAUUCAGAAUUUGGGAAAAUCAUUUCCAAUAAAAUUAAUUACCUGCUUUAUAAGAGAAAUAAAGAAGAAUGGAAGAAUUCUUUGAAUAAAUCAAAAGAAAAUAAGAAAGAACAAUUACUAGCCAAAGUAUUGAACUAGUUUUGUAUAUUGUCAAUGGGUUUUAUUUGUUUUGCUGAAUUAUAUAAAUUUAAGUAAAAAUAUUUUAUUUCAAGUUUUUCCUACAGCAACAAGUUAAGGGCAGGUAGCUUAUUCAGGCACAAUUCUAGAAUAGUAUUAAUUUAAUUUCCCUUGUUUUAAAGGUAUGAUCUAGUUUUUUGUGACUAGAUAAAUAGGACAUUUAAAUAUAUUCCAUUUGUUGACCUUUUAAUGUUCAUCUCAAAAUUGCUUAUUUUAAGUUUCUUUAUAUUCACAGUUUCUGCAAUAUGUGGCGAGGUUAAUAUUAAUUCACUUUCACUAGAUAUGCCCAACUUUAUGCUUUAUUUAUAUUUCACAUUUGAUAAUAUACUUGUUUUAUCAUGUAACUGAAACACAAAGACUUCAUUGUUAUGAAAAUGAAUCCAUUAACAUAUGCACCAAUAAAAUUUAAAAUAUAACACUUAACUAGCAAUACAUUGCAAUUCUAAUAUUACAUCGAUAACUGGGAGCAUUUCUGAAUGGCUUUCAUCUGCUGUGUUGUGGCCUUCUCAAUGUCAGAAAUGCUUUUAGAUGUUUCUCUUUGGACACAUUUUUUAUUUAUUUUCGGAUAAAGCCAAAACUUGCAGAGUGCUAAAUCUGGCGGUUAAGGCAGAGGUAGUGGAUAGACUUUUAGCAGCAUUUUUAAAGUUCUAUGUUUUGCGAUAGACAAAUGUUUAUCUCCAUAUAUAUUGAUAUGGAUAUAAGCAUACUUCUGAUAAAAAAUGUAUUCACUAUAUAUUUUAUUACAUCUUACAUUAUAUGUAAAUUUACUUUAAUAAUAUUGAUAUAGUUAUAGGGAGAUAUUUUUUGGGCCAGGGGGAAAAUAAAUAUAACAAAAUUAAAAAAAUCAACUUUUAUUAAACAUUGUAUUUAAAAUAGAAUCAGACUAUCACUUUUACCAAUCAUAUUAAACAUUCAUAAACUAUAUUAUGUCAACCUUUUCUGAAAUGCAAAACAAAAGUAUCUUAAGUGCCAUAACACAAUAAUAUAUGAAAUUAAGAUGCAUUGUACCUACAACAAAUAAUAAAAUAUCCUUUUAUUAAUACUUAUUAUAUAGACUAGCGUCUUUUAAGUAAUACAAAUAAUCGGACUUGUAAUAACUAGCAUAAUUUUCAUAUUACCUGUCCCUAUGCUACAUUUCACUAAAUAUAAAUAAACAUGUUUUAAUCAUAACAUAUAUUGAGAAAUACAAAUUAAAGGCACUCUCUUGCCUAUAGUAACAAAAAAUAAAUACUUAAGCUUUCUCCAACACGUUCACAGAUUCUUUGAAACAGUAGAACAUCCACUGCCCUUUCAAAAAAAGGUUUGGCAUAGGUAAGGCUGAUUAAUCUGAUCUGAGAUAAAUGAAAUAUCGUUUUCUUCGACCUUAAAUAAUUCUCCACUCUUGUCCCCUAUUUUACAUAAACUAUCUGUAUUUAUCAUUUUCUAAACCCAUACACAUGGCCUUGUAACGAUACUCUGUUUUCUUAGAGAGUAGUUUUUUUGGAUGUCGAUAGUUUCUCUUCAUCCCCUAUAUGGUGCUUGCGACCUUUUGGUGUAAUGACUUGUUCACUGUCAAAUGGAUUCUCGUUCUCCGAAUCUGGUCCGUAAACAUCCUCGACUCGAAGACGAACUUUUCUAUUAAAGGAGUAUAUUUUGAAUACCAAUUUUGAACUGAUCACAAUUUUCAUUGCAAAAACAGCUUGAAGACUUCAUUUUCAAUUUUUUUGGAUCUUCAAUGUUCCAUAACACUUGAUGGACACUAGCAAUUAAAGCAUCUUUCUCAAGGAUAUUUUCAUCAUCAAUAAUGAAAACAUUGAUGUUAGGAUAGUUUUUCUGAAUAGCAAUCUCCCAGAGAUGCCAUCCAUAUGUAUCAUGGCACUUGGAGAAUUUAAAACUUGAUCUACUUUGCUGUUAGGUGUCAUUUAUUCAGAUUUUCGUGAUCUUUGUAGCCUUUUUUUAUAACAUGCUAAUUUAGUCUCAAGUUUAUUUAUAGUCUCAUCUUUUUUCUUAUUAAUUAUAUAUCUUUGUCUUCUGGCUCGGUUUGAUUUAAGUUUGACAGCAUAUCUUUUGUGUCUUACAUUGCUCUCUAGGAGUCAUUUGGUCGACAGUCUUUAUAAUUCCUUUCUCCUUCUUUUUUAAAUAGUUUGCCUUUUCUUUAUGCAAUUCAUAUCUUUCAGGAUCAUUUUUAAUCUUUUUAUAUCGUAGUCUCUCUGCUUCACGUUUAUUCUGUAAUCUUUCUUCACGUGUAAACUUUUUUCGUGGUGCCAUGAUCUGUUAUAUUAGACAAUAAUAUAAUGACAAUAUGAACUGAGAAGCCUCCUUUAUUUUUCACUUUUAAGAAUUUAUCAAAAUUAUUUAAAACUGUUUUUUGAUAAAAAUAUACUAUAUCUAAGUUUAUUUGCACUAAAAUUAUUUCCCCUGGUCAACAGAUUUUUCCCCUGACAGUUAACUUGCCAGGGAAGAUACGUUUUCAUAAUAAAUUGUAUUAUUUUAAUUAACAUGACAAAUUUUUCGUUAAAUUAUGUAUUACAUUUUAACUAUUGCAUCAUUAUUAAAUCAGACCAGUAAAUGCAAAUAAAUUAAAUGAAGAAUAUAACUUUAAUGACUUACCAUUGGAGAGACACAAUGAUCUCGCGAAAUCACUACUUCCAAUCAAAACAUCGUAACAGCUAACAAUUGACAACGCUCUAAACGGUUCACGUGUUUUACAUUACUAACUUCACGUCGAUAGAUGACUUUGAGCGCUGUUUGGAAUAUGACCGUUUUAUAUUUGUAUUUGUACUAGCGGAAUGAAAUUUUCCAGAGUAGAUACCCAGAAACAGUGAAACAAAAGUUAAGUUUAAAAUAUAUUACAAAGAAAUAAAUGUUGUUCUAUUUUUCCUCAACAAUACUUAAGUGUAUUUAUUGAAAUUUGUGUUUAACAUACUUUAGUUUAAUAACUGAUACAAAUACAGUAUGUAUCGUUUUCAAACUAAACUGAAACUGACAGAGGGAUAGGCCAGGGUAGAGACUUUUUUAAACUUAAGGAAUUUUAGAAAAAUAUACUUUAAUUAGACAUUUAAUCGUGACGUUAUUUAAUAAAGUACAUUUAGGUUAUGUGUUUCAUUGCAAAAAAAACAACAUAUAAAAUAGAAUUUCUAUUUUAAACUAAUUGCCGCACAAGUUACCUUUUAACAUAAAACUACCCAUAUAGGAACUAUUAUUUUCUAAUAAUUAGAUGAAAAAUAGAGUAAUUAAUCAUAGUAAUACCAUCAAAUGCUUUCACUUUCUGGUACUUCAAUUGCAGAUGUUUCAGUUAAUUAUUUGAAAUAAUUCCUAUAUGAAGAACUUUUCUUCUACCUACUCCUACAACAUACUUUCAACUUUGUUAUGAGCAUCUAUUUCAAUUGUGACAUGAUUAUUUCAUUUUUAGGGUAUUUUAAAUAAUAUUUUUUGUUAAUUUGUAUUUAGGUAAUCUCUUUUUUCUUUAUCUAAAGAGGAAAAAUAUAUAAACAAUUUUAUCAAUCCGAAUUUGUGUUCAGCAUCUUACCACCAUAUUAAAUUUUUUGUAUGUAUGUAUAUUAUUAAAAUUGUAUUUUAAUAUAAGAAGAAAUUUUCAGCAUUCUAAGAAUUUUACUAAAUAUUCUAGGAAAAAUUGAAUCAAACUUUCUAGGCGUUUAAUUUAAAAUUAUUGAUAUAUAAAUAUAGGUAGGAUUUUACUAUAAUCAAUCAACUUAAUAAAAGUAAAAACAAAUAAAGAAUAGGUAAAGAAAUGAAAAAUUGUAAAGAUAGCAAGUUUUAUUACAAUAUACAGUGAUAAUCAAAUAAAUAAAUGUAAAAAUUUUAUUUUCACAUCAUGGAAAUUUUAGGAAUUAUAUAAUACAAUAUAUAUGGGAUGUGAAAUAUUAAAUAAAUUAUAACUUAAAAGUGAUUU